AUGGGAGCCAUUGUCACCUUGCUCAUGCUGGCUGUGGACCCUUUUGUCCAGCAGAUUCUGCGUUACCAGGAAGAGCCGAAUGCUGUGGCAGCAGAAUUCGCUUGGACGGAGCAAGUACUUGCCCCUACAUUUUUCUCCAACAAUAGCGAUCCUCCUUAUUACGGGGAAAUCAACAGGGCGUUGUGGAAUGAUGAUCUCUCUUAUGAGAGACAGGCUCGCUGCCCGACUGGGAACUGCACGUACCCUGUGUUCCCAUCGAUGGGACUCUGUAUGAGCACCCGCGAGGUUCCGCUGGAUCAAAUUGCCUUCGGUGGAAGUGCUUGCACCACGGAAUACACAGACAUUGCGGCAGGGCAGGUUGUCUUUGGGAAUCUGACCGAUGUUAUGGUCACGGUUCAGAACAUGCCAGGGGGCCCUGAGGCGUGUAAAGCUUCCUUCUGGGGCGACAAUACGACAUCUCUCCCGUGGGAAAUACAAUGGGGUCGAGGCGUGUCGACCCGUUGGAGUGUUCCUCUGGUUUUCAUCAGCUCUAUGGAGCCUGUCUUGGGCGGGGAAGAGUCAAUUCUGGGCAUACGCAGCCCAUUGCUUGCGCUGGGUCGGAUCCGAUUGUCGUCACCGUCACUAACAAGCAACACGUCGAUGACGUUGCAAUUCGAUAAAGCUGAACAGGUCGUGUUUGCAUUCUGUGCGGACGAUUACGAGGUCACCGUAGACCAUGGAGUUCCUCAACUUCAAGAAGUAAUCUCUCGUCCCCAAGCGGCUUCUCACCAGGAGUCUUUUCCAGCAGCGGAGAUCAAGCAUGCCAGCGGCGGAAACUACAUUGCCAGCACCUCACCGCUGUCAUUCUGUACUGAAAACUGGGGCUGGGCCGUCGACAUCGUGUCUCGGCUGACCAGCAGGAGCUACUUCGGCCUAGACUGGAAAUCUACAUGGUACAUCACUGGCGACUCUGGCAUUAACAACAAGGACGUGCUCCAACAAAUCCAACCGCGCAGCCUGCCUGAUAUAUCGAAGUCUAUAACCGCUUCCUUAAACGCCUUGUUCAGGAAACACAGUACAGAUCGUGCGACCGGUUCCUACAUAAAGUACAAGACAGUGGUGCGCGUGCAAUGGGCUUGGCUGGCUCUACCUGUGGCAGUUGAGAUACUCGGAUUUGUGUUCCUACUCUUGAUUGUUUUCCGGGAUCAGAGGCGCGGGAACCCGUGGAAGGACAGCAUCUUGGCCGCUCUGUUCCACGGCCUGAACCCGAACGGUCUCGACGCUGGCAACCUGGACACUAUCACUUCCAUGAAGCGGGAAGCAAUGAAGAUCCAGGUCAAGCUGGAUACUUCGGAUGGAGGAAAAAGAUUUCUUCUUACGAGUUUCGACCAAUGA